UGAGUUGUGGUGUUGCUCCAGCAUCAGAAAAUCGACUCGGACUCAUAUUGCUGUCAGUUGUGCGGCAAACGUGCGAGCGAUCGUUUGUUGACUUUGUACCGUGCGUGUUAUGUUACUUGAGUGUUACUUAGUUGCGAUGUCAAGGUCGGGCCGGUAGACGCGGAGCGUUUUGCUGCAAUUUGUUCGCGAUGCAAUUCCGCGAACGCACGCUUUGGAUAUGUUUGUGUACUUGUUUGGGUAACUAACGGCGAUUGCGGCGAGGAGAUGCGAGAUGCAAUUUUUCAUCGUCAUCGGCACUCUGUGUGGGAUCUUAGAGGCCGUGAGGGGCAAUUUAGCAUUGUUGGCAGGCACUUUGCGUACGUUUCAGGCAGCUGCAUGCGACAACGAUGCGAUUCACCUAAGAUGUCCGCCCGGUACACGCAUAGCUAUCGAGUUGGCGCGUUACGGACGCAUAGGCAACCAACAACACGUUUGUCCAUCCUUAGACAAACGAAACAAAACAUCUACUGCCAUAAUGAUGUCUGGCACUUGUUUACUUCCAACUGCACAGCAAACGGUUAUUGGUUUGUGUCAAACAAAGACUGAAUGUCACUUUGUGAGCAACGCGACUGUUUUUGAGGGCGAUCCGUGUCCCCAAGAGCGGAAAUACGUUGAAGUCGCUUAUAAAUGUCGACCUUAUGAAUUUCGAAGUCGUUUGGUGUGUCAGGAUGAACGCAUGCGUUUGGCGUGCAAUACAAACGCACGUAUUGCAAUAUUCACCGCCAUUUUCGGACGGGGUAAAGGCGAAAAAGAUGAUAAGACGCCAUGUGCCUCAGAAUAUUUCAAUCAAUCAGAAAGUUGUUUUUCAAGUUAUGCAACACAAACAGCAAUGCAGGCGUGUCAUGGCCGACGUACAUGUGAAUUGGUGGCAAAUGCCUUGACCUUCGGGCAGCCUUGCAAAACAAAAACAAAAGUUUACCUUAAAGUCAUCUACACAUGCGUGCCAAGAAAAGUUCUAAAUAAACAAUACGAAGCGCGCGUGGUAGAAUUCACCGACGCACAGAUGGCGCCAGUCGACAAAUAUCUACCGCAUGCCAAAAAUGAUCUUGGCAACGCUCAAGUUUAUUACAACCUCAAGUCAUCGACGACCACAUCGUCCACCAUGCUCCAAAAAGAUACGUCGGCCAUCUUGGAUAAUAACUGCACGGUUGAAAUAUCUGACAAUGACAAACCGAAUAAAGUCAUCGGGUUUAUUUCGCAAUGGAUCAACACGUACACAUUUGUUGCACAAAAUCAAGAGCGCUUCUAUUUGUACCUAAUCCUGAGCCUUGGUGCCGGAGUUUUACUCUGUAUGAGUCUCCUUAUUAUUUAUCUACUCGUUCAGAGGGGGCGCGCACGUCGUGAGGCAAAAUAUCGAAGUACAAGUUACGGUGGCGGUGGAUCAAUCCUCCCGCAUGGAUUUGCGGAUGAUAUCAGUGUUGUAGACGCUGAUAUUGACCUGGAUCUGCCCAUUGUCUCCAUGCGACCGUUUUCGAACACUGCCCUCAAUUCAACAACGGCCAGCGCACCUUGUGAGCUUCUACGUGGAUGUCAUACACUGCCGAGGGACAUGCCACGCAGUUUGAAUGCUGGUGGAGGCGCGAAUAGCUCGUUUUUCUACGGAUGACCUGAUAGCCCGGACACGCUGUAUAAUUUCACGUGUUCGGGCUUAAAGUAUUAAAAACUCAACAUUUGUAUCAAGUACCAAAGAAUUAACUGAAUUAACUUAAAUCCAGGUAAGAACCAAUGCCAUUAACUCUUCGAAAUACGUUUGCCGCUGAAGUAUGUUGUAAUGUAUGUUAUUUAAUGUUAUUUAUUUGUUUUUUGAUUAAAUAUUUGAAAAGUU